GCUGCUUCAAUAAAUAUUUCCAAAAGUUCCUGAAAUGUACACUCUUGGAGUUUUUUACUAUUUCCUUCAAUCUUUGCUUCAAGGAAAAGGAAAAACUAUUCUUAUUUUAAUAAAUUACUGACUCUGUGUUUUUUUUUUUCAAUAGCUACGUACCUGUAUACGUACGUACGUAUAUAUUGUUGUACAUAAUAGAAAGAGUUUGCUAGGCUUACCGGCGAUGCCAACGCCGGUGAGCGCUGCCAGACAAUGCUUGACAGAGGAGGCGGCGCGUGCGCUAGACGAUGCAGUGUGCGUGGCCCGUCGUCGGAGCCACGCGCAGACUACCUCUCUUCACGCGGUUUCUGCUCUUCUUUCACUUCCAUCAUCUACACUCCGUGACGCGUGUGCACGUGCUCGCAGCUGCGCGUCGUACUCACCGAGGCUACAGUUCAGGGCUUUGGAACUCAGCGUUAGCGUUUCUCUUGAUCGUUUGCCCACAGCCAAAACCCUAGACGCGCCUCCUAUUUCUAAUUCUCUCAUGGCAGCAAUUAAACGUUCACAGGCUAACCAAAGAAGACAUCCUGAUACUUUCCAUAUUUAUCAACAGCUUCAACAACAGAAUUCCUCUAAUUUCUCGAUUUCGACUUUAAAAGUUGAACUGAAGCAUUUUAUACUAUCGAUUUUGGAUGACCCGAUUGUGAGUCGGGUUUUCGGGGAAGCGGGUUUUAGGAGUUGUGAUAUAAAGCUUGCAAUUCUAAAUCCCCCUGCUAUUUCUAGGUUUUCCAAGACACGUUGCCCACCUUUGUUUCUCUGUAAUUUAACCGAUUCGGAGCUUAAUAAACGUGGGUUUAACUUCCCAUUUUCUGGGGUUACUGGAAAGGAUGGGAAUAUUGAUGAGAAUUCUAGAAGAAUCUGUGAGAUUCUUGUGAAGAAAAGCUGUAGAAACCCGUUGUUGAUUGGAAUUUGUGCAACUGAUGCACUUUACAGCUUCACUGAUUGUGUAGUACAGAAAGGUAAAGGUGGUGGUGGUGUCUUUCCUGAUGAAAUUAAAGGGUUGAGUGUAAUUUCUAUUGAGAAAGAAAUUACGGAGUUUGUUAUGGGAGGUGGGAGUGAAGAAAUGAUGAGGUUGAAGUUUAAGGAAGUGAGUGAUGCUGUAGAGUGUUGUUGUGAAGGGGCUGGAAUUAUAGUGAAUUAUGGUGCAUUGAAGGUGUUUAUUGAUGAUGGGUCAGUGGAAUCAGUGAACUAUAUUGUUUCUAGGUUCAGUAAAUUGGUGCAACUUCAUUGUGGCAAAUUGUGGUUGGUUGGAGCAGCAGCAAGUUAUGACAUUUAUAUGAAGUUUUUGGCUCGGUUUCCUACAAUCCAGAAGGACUGGGAUUUACAUCUCUUGCCCAUUACUUCAUCCACUCCUUCCAGAUCCAGCUUGAUGGGGUCAUUUGUUCCAUUUGGCGGGUUCUUUUCCGCAGCAUCUGAGUUUGAAAACUCGUGGAUAAACAAAAAUGAAUCUACAGCUCGAUGCAACCUUUGCAAUGAAAAGUAUGAGCAAGAAGUUUCAAUUGUGCUGAGAGGAGCCACUGGUUCAGUCACUGAUCAACAUGCAACAUAUUUAUCUUCUUGGUUACAAAAGGCUGAAUGCGGUCCCAGCAGGGGACUAGUUGGGGUAGAGGCCGAUGAAGACCGCAGUUUAUUAAAUGCCAGACUGGCGGGAUUGCAAAAGAAGUGGAAUGAUAUAUGUCAGCGUCUUCAUCACAUACAUCCAUUUCAACCAGAUGCUUUGCAAGCCGGGUCACAGCAUCCCAGUUUUGGCAUCUUUCAGAGUUCUGCUGCUGGGGGCGAAAGCAGCAACAAAGAUUCAUUGUUGGAUGCAAGAUUUACUAGUCAAAGUUCUAUGUCAUCAGACUUGCAAAAUACCUCCUUGACCAAAAAAACCAUGUCAAAAUCAGUCGUGUCUGAAGGUGAUUCUGAUUCCCAAGCUGAAGUACCGGCUCAGACUUUGGAAACUCAGAAGCUGAAGAUAGAAAAUAUCUUGAACUCUCACCAUCAUGCUCCCCGUGAUUUGAGCCUGCCCCUUGAUCGAACAUCAUCAGCCUCAAAUGCUUCAGUUAGCACGGACCUGGGGCUGGGAACCAUUUACAUAUCCACUGUGAGGAAACCCAGCUUUCAGGAGCAUCAGGAUCGUCUUCAUUACUUUUCAGGAUCAGUUUCUUCUUCUUCUUCUUCUAUUCCUCAGUUAGACAAGGAGUUGGAUGCGACAGACUUUAAGAACCUUUAUAAAGCUCUUUCUGAACAUGUAUAUUGGCAAGAGGAAGCCAUUUAUGCCAUUAGUCAUACUGUCUCCCGUUGCAGAAGUGGUAAUGGAAGGCGUCAUGGCUCUAGCAAAGGAAAUAUCUGGCUCAGUUUCCUUGGACCCGACAAAGCGGGGAAACAAAAAAUUGCCAAAGCUCUUGCUGAGAAUGUCUUUGGUAGCUGUGAUAGCUUGCUCUCUGUGGAUCUGAGCUCUAGUGAUGGGAUUAGCUGCUCAAAUUCUCUCCUUAACCAUCAAAAUAUGAGAAACGGUCACGUGAAUCUUAGGGGAAAGACAGUUGUCGACCACAUCGCAGAGGAGUUAAGCAAGAAGCGCUGUUCUAUUGUGCUUCUUGAAAACAUAGAGAAGGCUGAUUUUCUUGUUCAGAAUAGCUUGUCUCGCGCUAUCAGAACUGGUAAAUUUUUGAACUUGCACGGGAAGGAAAUCAGCAUCAAUAACAUGAUUUUUGUGAUUACCUCGAAAUCUUCAAAAGUUACUAAAGAUUUCUUUUCCAGUAAAAAAUCUCUUGAGUUUUCAGAAGAAAAGAUAUUAGCAGCCAAAAACUUGCAGAUGCAGAUAGCAAUUGGUUCUGGCAAUCGAAAUAGGAUUGAAGUGAAGAAUACAAAUUUGUGGAUUACUUCAGGGGACAGAACAUCAGAAUCUUUAUCUGCAUAUAAAAGAAAGCAGACUGACAACAGUGACUCAAACAAUGACAAGUUGUUUCAAAUGCCAAAACGUGUGUGCACUGUCCCGAAAUCUUCUCUUGAUUUGAAUUUGCCUGUGGAAGAGGAGGAAGCAGAGGAGAAUCAACAUGAUGAGUGUGACAGUGACUCUGGCUCUGAAGGUUCAAAAGCAUGGUUGGAAGAAAUCUUGGAGCAAAUGGACGAUAAUGUGGUCUUCAAGCCAUUUAAUUUUGGAGCUCUUGCUGAGAAAAUCUUAAAGGAAAUCAACAUAAACCUCCAAGAGAUUGUUGGAGUAGAUAUCAAGCUGGAGAUUGACUCAGAAGUAAUGGUACAGAUACUUGCUGCGGCUUGGUUAUCAGACAGAAAGGAAGCUGUUGACGAUUGGGUUGAGAAGGUUCUCUGCAGGAGUUUUAUGGAAGUCCGAAGCAGGUUCCAACAUAUUACUGAUAGUGUCAUAAGAUUAGUUAACUGUCAAGGCAUUGCUGUAGAAGACCAGGCACUGGGACUUCACCUUCCGGCUAAAAUAACUCUAGACUGAUUUUUGGUCAGGUAUCUGUUCUAAUGUACAAAUGCCGUCAAUAGCAUUUCUGCGUGUUAAGUACUCUUUGUGCAUAUAUUCCGGUAAUUCUGUUGAUCCCUCUCCAAUUGUUUAUUGUUGUAUCUUUUAGAAUUAGGUUAUUUUGCUGUAAUCUUUGUACACAGAAGCAUCUGUCACUAUCCCAGACCCUUGGUAGUUGCUUUCUCCUGGUUGAAAAGUUUUAUCUUUUCUUUUUUGGGAAAAGCUAGUUACUGCAGGUAAUGUAUGUAUGUUUGCUUACUGGAGGAUGACCCAAAAUAGGAAGAAGAAGAAGGCAUCACAAAGAUUCUAAUGCGAUAAAGUGUGUUAUUUUUGGUUUA